GUGCUUACGUCUGACAUCUUUCUUUGUGCAAUUUCUGUUGGGUCGCUCGUGAAAUAUCCCGUUAUUUCCCUUUCGUAACUUCUUCUAACAAAGGCAUUAUCUAUUUGUGACGGUCGGUCGUGGUUAUUAGAGCAAGAGUUAAAAAUCCGCAAACGCUAGGUUCAGUGACACUGCCACGAAAGAAUUUAUUUUAAUCGUUUCUUUAUUAUCGAUUUUAGACUUCGUGUGAAAAAUAUAUGUAUAAAUGAAGUUCGUUUAUUAGUAAGAACGAGUGUUUGGCAUACAAGCAGCAAGAUUUUUGUGUCACGGUCCAAACCAAGAGUGAGCCGUGUCUUGGGGGAAAAGCACCCCGGGCGCUACGGUGGCCCCAGAUACACCGGCGCCAGCGCCCCAGCCUCCGGGGGUGCUGGAGAUGACGGGCACGGAUAAUACACGGUUCAGCGGGCACACGCUCGACAAGGCCACCAAAGCGAAGGUCACGCUAGAGAAUUUCUACACAAAUCUCAUUACCCAGCACUAUGAGAGGAAACAGAGGCUGGAGAAACUGGAGGAGUCGCUCAAAGAUGAAAGCCUCACAGAGAGCCAGAAACAAGAGAAGAGACAGCAACAUGCUCAGAAAGAGACAGAGUUCCUGCGGUUGAAACGGUCGCGGCUAGGCGUGGAAGACUUUGAACCACUCAAGGUGAUUGGUAGAGGUGCGUUCGGUGAGGUGCGCCUUGUCCAGAAAAAGGACACCGGUCAUGUGUACGCUAUGAAGAUCCUCAGGAAAGCUGAUAUGCUGGAGAAAGAACAGGUGGCACACGUAAGGGCUGAGCGUGACAUCCUUGUCGAAGCGGACCACCAGUGGGUGGUGAAGAUGUAUUACAGCUUUCAAGACCCCAUGAACCUGUACCUAAUCAUGGAGUUCCUCCCCGGAGGUGAUAUGAUGACUCUACUCAUGAAGAGGGACACGCUCAGCGAGGAGUGUGCUCAGUUUUACGUAGCGGAGACAGCUCUCGCUAUCGACAGUAUACACAAACUGGGUUUCAUACAUAGAGACAUAAAACCGGACAAUUUGCUCCUCGACGCUCGUGGACACAUCAAGUUGAGUGAUUUCGGUCUUUGCACGGGCCUCAAGAAGAGCCAUCGCACUGACUUCUACCGUGAUCUAUCCCGAGCCACCGCCUCUGACUUCAACGUUCUACUCACUCCAGUUUCUACGUCAUCGUCCGCCAUGGACUCGAAGCGGCGUGCUGAAUCCUGGAAGAGGAACAGACGGGCGCUCGCUUACUCUACGGUCGGCACACCGGACUAUAUAGCGCCCGAGGUGUUCCUACAGACCGGGUAUGGACCGCAAGCCGACUGGUGGAGUCUAGGCGUUAUCAUGUACGAAAUGCUCAUUGGCUAUCCGCCGUUCUGCUCGGAAUCGCCACAGGAGACGUACCGUAAGGUGAUGUCGUGGAGGGAAUCUCUCACUUUUCCUCCAGAGAUACCGAUCAGUGAGGAAGCCAGGGAGACCAUACUGCGUUUCUGUUCAGAGCCGGAUCGCAGGUUAGGUUCCCAACGUGGCAUAGAAGACGUGAAGUCAGUACCGUUCUUCCGCGGUGUUGACUGGAGUCAUGUUCGUGAACGUCCCGCCGCCAUUUCUGUGGAGGUUCGCUCUAUAGAUGACACGUCCAACUUUGACGACUUCCCCGACGUCAAAUUGGAGAUACCGGCACCAAUAUCACAAGAAGGAGAAGUGGCUUAUAAGGAUUGGGUGUUCAUCAAUUAUACGUUUAAACGUUUCGAGGGACUAACACAACGUGGCACUCCCACUAAGAAAUGAGCAAAACCCCAUGACGAACAUGAAGUGAAAUACAACCUUGAGACGACGCGACAAAACUUAUUUCAGCUUAACACUCAAUAUCAUACUCACACAGGCAGACAAGCAACUCGUAAAUUGAUAGCAAUAUCGACGCUAUGACAAUACUGUGAAAUACCUUUCAGCUUGUUACAUAUAAGUUUGCCUUAUUGUAAACGUGUUUUGUAACUCGCAUUACGCUUGAAAUUCUCAAUACUGAAUGUCAAUGUGGUCGAUGUUAAAUCACCGUUGUAAUAAAGACUACUGCAUGAUUAUGAAAAUUUUAAAAUUGUACUUCGUUAUUUUAAGCUGUUACGUCAAAAGACGAUGAUGUGCUGUCCAACAUUUCACAUAAUUUCUUUUCAUCGUGCAGUGACACAAAUAUCAUUUUCAAAACUCACACCCAAUGGGUACAUAAUGCAAAAUGUGCAUCAGCGUACAACCGAAUAUUGACUUAACAUUAAUCACAGACAUAAGACAGAUAUGAAUAACACGAUGCUGUUCAGUUUUUUCUUAUCAUUAAAAUAUAUAUGUUAGAAGAUUUUCUAAUGAACACUAGUUGCAUUGUCACCUGGCCGAGCUCUGUUGCCAAACUCGAAUGAUACUUGCAUCUUAUCAGUACGUUAGUAAACACUACAAAGAUGCAUUUACAUAAUUAACUGAGAUGCCAUAAAAUAGUACUUUCAUAUACAAACUAUGAUUACUAGAUGUUACUGAUCUCUACGUUUACACAAAGCGGAUUCAAAAUUUAGAAUUUAUAGUUAAUUUAUUGUUUUUGUCAGUUUUAUAUUGGACGCCGAUUUAGGUCUCUAAAAUCAAAGAGCUUCGUUCACAAUGAUAAAAAUUCAUUAAUAAUCUACAUAUUUGUUUCUAACGUCUUUGUACAGUAUAAAUUUUUAGUGGAGUGAGGGCUAUCAUUUUUGAUAUUACCAUUAAUGUUGUAUCAUUCUAACGCUGUCGUGUCACGUGCUGUAUAGUUUUAACAAAUAAUGCCUUGUUAUAAACAUAUACCUAAGCAUUUUCUGUUUAUUAAUGAUUUUCAAUACACUGAGUCGUGUAUUUGCGAUCAACUUUCACAACAAUUGUAAAAUUGAUAGUGAAAAAUGAUGUUUUUAAUGACAAUUGAAUAACACUUGGAAAUUCUAACACCUGACAAAUGUGACCCUUGGAGCUUAAGUUUCUUAGUGUCUAUGUAUUUUUAAUUAUGGAUAUAUUUAUUUUCGAAAACGUCUAAAACGGAAGCUAUAGUAUUCGGUCAUUAUUACAUCCAUAUUUGUCCAUUUUGCGUAGAUUAUUCACUUGCUUUUGUUCUUUCUUUUUCAUAUUUUGUAUCCACCCAGACCCAGUUGGUUAUUAUUGUGUAUGUAUACUGUUGUAAAUUCUAUAUACUUGCGCCUCGUACUCGUUAAUUUUUUAAUCGUGGUUACCAUCAUCGCAAUGCAAUAUGAUUUCAUAGGAAUUGUUAUUAUUUAUUGUGAAAUUAUUUAUUUUUCCAAUUAACAUAAUAGUAAAAUAAGGUAUUAUCUUCAAAAUUAUAGUUGUUAAUAUUUAUAUAAUUUUUAUAGGAGUAUGGCAACAUAGACAAAUGGUGGUAAAGGGAUAUAAUGGAUUUCAGAAAAAGUCAUGGUCGGGCAAAUAUUUCUGAUGACAAAAAAAUACACUUCGAUCAAAAAUUUACGUUUACAAAUUCAAAGUACUUUAUUAUUUCAUUACCAUUUAAAUUUCGGUAGCAUGCAUCCAACCCGGUCAAUCUCAGGAACCGUUGGAAUUACUGAUAUGUAUAUAUACAUUUGACUUUCGUGAGUAUUGAAAUUAGUGUUUACAACUGACUGACAAUUUUUUUCAGAUAAAACUAGUUGUUACCAAAAUUCACUAUCGCAUACAAAGCGAGCAAUGUACACGAAUGCAAUGUAUUCAUUUUUGUCAAUAUUUGACUAUUAUUAUGUAUUGAAUAUGGUGACGGCCAAUGAGACAGAUAGACCGAAAAACAGAAUGUAUUUUUUUAACCAUCAAUAUAAAUUUAAUUGUUCUUUGUCUAUCUCUAUCUGUCAGAUUGAAUUAUUGAGAUCAGCCAUAAAUGUCGUCUGAAGGUUAUUUAUUGUUUGUCGUUCGGACGGGGUAUUGUGAAGUGUUAUAGUUGGUUCUGUUAUUUUUUCUCUUUCUUUUUUUAGUAUGGAUUUAAAUUGCUAAGUGAUAACAUAGGAUUUUGAU